UGGUACACCAUGCUAACCAAAUAAUCUACAACAACCAAGAGAAAGUGAAACAAAUGCAUAGAUUCUACAGCUGAAGAAAGAAAUAACUUAGAUUAGACAGACAAUUUCUUUUUACUGCUCCUCUCUUUCUCUCCAUUAACCUUGUCUAAUUAUCCUAUCUUCAAACUUCGGUUGACGUUUUUCAUUUGAAACCCCGAUUCACUGGAUUUUUCGAAACGUUGGAGGCAGUAUGAGCAAGGGUCGUACGAACUCAUCACCGGAUUUAACACCUCUUGCAACUAAUCUGGACAAUUGCGAUCCUUCAUUAAUCUUACAAGGUUUGGCAGCGAAUGUAAAGUUGCUAUUGAAACUAAUUGAAGAUCACAAUGAAGCGUGCACGAAAGACUUUGAUGACCGCAAAAUGCAAAGAGUUGCAAGCAUGAUCACAAUUCUGGAUGAAGUUAAAACUCGAAUUCAAAAAUCACAAAAUUUUGGCAUUAAGAAAAGAGAAGCGGCACUACGACGAUGCAAUACGGAACUUAGAGCUAACCGUGGAUCAUCGCCAAAUCGGAGACUAUUGCAUGAACCUUCAACAGAUGAAAAAGAAACCCUGAAAAGAGAGCUCAAUGCAUGCACAAUGGCAGGAAAAAGUUUAGAAAGGAUGUUUUUAGGAUUGGGAAAAGAGAAGGAAAUAAUGGCAGCCGAACUUGCAAGGAAAACUCACGAACUAAACGCAAUUGAGGAGCAUGUGAACGAUCUUAAAGUUCAAAACGAGUCAUUGUUAGCUAAACUACAGGCUUGCGCUGUCGAACACAAAGGAAGAAACCAGUCUGGAGAAGGAGAUCAUCAUAAUAUCACUAAAGAGGACAAUGUAGACUUAGAAAAGCGUAAUAAGACACUUUCGGAGAAUCUUAUCAAGUCAUUAGAUGGAUAUCGAUCCUUAAAAAGAAGAUUAAGAGAGGCACAUGAAGAGAAAGAGAGGGUGAAUGAGAAAAUGGAGAAGAUGUCUCAAGCUGAAAUCGGUUUAAACCGCAUAGUUGGUCUACAACAAUCCAUUGCCGAGCUAAAGGAAAAUUCACCAGUAAAAAUCGAAUACGAGUUAUCUGCAUUGGAAGAUAUAUUUCGAUGCUUUAAAACAUCAAAAAUCACAAAUAAUGGAGCAAAUAAAUGCGACAAAAGCCUCAAGAAUAAUUAUGGCUAACAAUUAUUUUUUCUUUCAUGGAGUCAUUUUUGUCUUAGAAAAAGGUAGGAGCCUAGGAGGUCAAGGAAUUUACACAGGACAAAAAUCCUAGGAUUUUUUAGAAGAGAAGAAAAUUUUCACAGAACUUUUGUACUCCCUCCGUACCUAUUAUAUAGGCGGAAUAUUGUAUUUUCCUUGUACCAUUAGAUAGACGGAGUGACAAUUUCAAGAUAACUUUUAACCACUUUACCCCUAUUUAUGUUGCUUGGUUAUCCUCAUAAUUGAGUUUAUGUCUCUAGCAUAGGGAUUAUAAUAAAGGGUAAAACAGGAAAA